AAUGUGGACCGUUCUUAAAAAUGGUCACAAAUAAUAUUAUAUUCCCAUAAUUAUGAGGCAUAGCAUUAUGUAAUAAAAAUGUACAUUGUUUCAUAAUAAACAAUCAUUAAAAUACGUGCCAGCUUUGAUAAACUAGCAGUGAUUUUAGUAGCAACAUGAAAUGUAUUCUCAACCUGCUACAUUAUUCAGUGUUUUCACUGACACGUGAAGACUUUCAAACGGUUAUUUUACGGAGUAUUAAAUUCGAUUUCGGAAUAAAUUUCUGAUGCUUUUAGUAGAUAGUAGUGCUUCUUAGCGGGCCAUGGUUGAAUCGCAAUUUCACGCUGGUUUGUUUAGGGGUUGAACGAAAAUUGAAAAUUACAUAUAUUGUUUUCAGGUUUUCACUUUUGUUUUUAGGAUCUUUAGAAUAAUAUUUUGCACGGGCGCGUUCAAUAUCCAAGUAUUAGUUGUGUUUUAAAUAUGAGGCCGUCAGCGCAGAAGUAGCCUAGCCCGCAAUUUUCAUAUUCGUGCUCAUACUAUACUGCAACUUAUUUAAAACAUAAAUAAAUUUUGAUGCAAAACCGGCCUACCCAUAGUUUCACACAUAGAUAACAGAUUGAUUUGUAAAAAUAAUUUUUGCGCGUGUUGUUUUUGCCUACAAAGCAGUGUAAAAGUAAAUUCAAACAUCAUUGCCUCCAUGCGAACUAUGAUAAAUCGUUGUACCAUAAGCGCAUUAAUCUUCAUUUCGAGACUUCCUUCUCCUUCUUUCCUUCUCGGAAAUUUUUGGUAUAUUAAUGAUAAUUUGAUUUACAGUAAUCCUUCCUAUAACACGGUAGAUUGGUUUUGCGUUAUAGGAAACGUGCUGUACGAGUAUUCUCGCAUAACACAAGUAUUCCCCCAUAUAACGCGGGGUUUUCACUAGUUAUAUUUGUGUACUGUGAAAUGUAUAAUGAUUUGUACAGUUCAUAAAUAAUUUCGCUUACCUUUGCACAUUGUCUCAAUUGUGUUUUUAUAAAAUCUAUAUAUUAAUACGUGAAGCAAAAACUUUGUACCACUUUUUACGAUAAUUGCGCGGACGGAAGAGUAUGAAAUGUCCCUCACUUAUAGAGAAGGAGCACAGAAUGCUGUUUUUUUUAAUAUUAUGCAUUAAAAAUACAUUAAAUCGAAACAUCAGAAGUAUUAAAAUGAUAAAUGCGAAACUAAACAGUAAAAGGUUAAUGACUCGGUGUGCAGUAGCAGUAGUUAGCGUUCUUGACAGUUGCGACGAGGGUCGUCCAUUCGAUUUUCACAUCGGGCAAACAUUGUGCGAUGAACAGAUGCUCGUUGUAGUUGCGGUUUCGCUAAAAACAGGUCAUCAAUAUAACGUCCCGGAAACGACCUUUCCGCAAUACGGGUUUCCUCAAUCAAUUAAUCUUAACGGGAAUAUGGCACAGUUACGCCAUGUUGGCGAACCCUCACUGCAGCAUGGAAAGGACAUAUCAUACUCGAUAAGCUACUCAGAUUAUCUUUACUUGAAACGGCAUAAAACCAAAGGACAAGACUCACCAUUUAACCCCGAGCGGCCGCCCGAGGGCACGAGUCAGCGCGAUAACAGAUAUCUCGUCCAUUAUGCUCACCGCAAUGCGAACUGGGCUUUGGAAUGAUAAAAAAAUACAACGGAAGCUCUAGAAGUUCGUCUACCGAAGAAAAUAUAUUAUGGUAGACAGAAAAACCUACAACACAUUUGUCAUCUCGUUAUAAACAAGUUUAUAAAUAACAACUACCACUAUACCUAGGGAGGUUGUGCGUAUGGUUUAAGUUUUUACGUGCUGUACUAAGAUAUUUCUUUCCAAAACAGAUAACUAGUGUUGAAACGUCGGAUUAUAAAUUUAUUAAAAAUGUAACAAUAUGAAACGGAGACUGUAUUUUUAUCAAGUUUUAAGCGAUAUUCUGGAAUGCUGGUAGCCCAGAUCUGGUUGUUAUAGCCUAGAGCACUAUGCGUCUCUGGGUUAAUGUUAUAAAUAGAUAGAUAAAUAUAAGAAAAUCUUUAAAGUAUCGGAGUUUGUGAAUUUUAGUGUGAUUUUUUAAAAUAAAUGAUCGAUGCUUA